AACAAUCUAGAUAUAUCACAUCAUCAACUUGUACCAAUUUUCACCUUCUUUUUUUCUUCUCUUUUAGUUAGCAUAAUGUCUCUAUAUAUAGCUUCAUGUUAGGUUCAAUUUUCUCAACAACAAAUCAACCCUCAAAUUCACUUCACAACUUCUUUCCUCUUUAGUCUUUACUAAAAGCUAUAUACAUAUAUAUCUUGACAUUUGAGCCAAACUACUAAUUAAUUAUUUCUUGAAGUUGUUUAAAUAUGGAUAUGGUGAUGAAGUUGGGAGCAACAAGUGGGGUGGUGAUUUUCACCAAGAGUAGUUGUUGCAUUUCUCACAGCAUUGAAACCCUAAUUCGUAGUUUUGGAGCAAACCCUAUAAUUUAUGAGCUCGAUACACAUCCAAAUGGGAAGCAAAUGGAAAAGGCAUUGAUGGAGCUAGGGUGUCAACCAAGUGUGCCAGCAAUAUUUAUAGGGAAAGAGUUGGUUGGUGGUGCAAAUGAGAUAAUGAGCCUUAAUGUGAGGGGCAAGCUUAAACAAUUGCUCAUUAGGGCUAAUGCCAUUUGGAUAUAAUGAAAUUAAUUAAUUAAUAAAUUGACUAGCUAUGUAUAUAGCAAUUAGUCUAAAUGUUUUGAUGGUAAAUUUACCAAGUAAUACAGAUACUCUUUUUGUUUUCUCUCACAAUUUGCUUCUUCAUGUAUAAAUAAAAACUACUAAUACUUUGGUCAUAGCAAGUCUUUUCUUUUUGCAAUCUAGUGAUGAUAUGGGUCAAGUUGAAACCUCCACAGGAACCUUCAUGGGUGACAACUUAUGUUAUUCUCAUUUGAGGAAAAUGAUAAAAAUCUCACCUUUUAAGUUCUCUUA